CCAAGAAAGCAAGAAUGCAAAAACGAACGAAGCGGAAUUGUGAAGUUGUGGAAUUAAGUAUAAAUAAACGACAAUAAAUGUUUUUAUCCGUCGAUAAACUGGCGCGAUCAAAUUCAUAAAGUGUGAAGUAAAAUUAAUUUCAAACAUUAUAAAAACAUUUAUUCCAGCACCUCGUGCCGUUCGUCACUAAGUGAGGUUAGAUGGAUAUUCAUUUUAACUAUGAAAAUGCUUCAUUUUCGAGAUAAAAAGAUAGGCGUAUUGCAGUGCAUCAUGACAGGUCUGUAAGACAUCGAACAGCUGACAGAGCACCUAUCGAACAGAGUCGUGUUUGUUUGUUUCGUUCGAUUGGUCCCAGAGCGCCGCCUAAACCACACUCUACAUAAUAUGAUAUCAGAAUAUUAUCAUAAAGGAUAUGUUCGAAAAUUGGAUUCAAAUGAAAUCUCCGAAGUAAAAUGGUUUUUACCUAUCUUCCCUAUUAAAAAUCCCAACAAACCAGGAAAGAUAAGAAUUGUUUGGGACGCAGCAGCGAAGUCUUCGCAUGGCCUAUCGUUGAAUUGUAUGUUAUUGCAAGGACCGGAUCUUUUAUGUUCUCUAUUGAACAUAUUAUUAUGCUUUCGUUUGGGUCAAAUUGCGAUCGCAGAUGACAUUCGUGAAAUGUUUCACCAGAUAAGCAUGCGUAGAGAGGAUCAAAUGUAUCAAUGUUUUUAUUGGACAGAACAAGAUGGAGAACUUGCCGUGUAUGCUAUGACCGUGUUGACCUUUGGUGCAUGUUGUUCACCUUGCACUGCCCAGUUCGUGAAAAAUCGGAACGCGGAACGUUUUCAAACUACUCACCCCAAAGCAUAUGAAGCUAUCGUUCAUUUUCAUUACGUUGAUGAUCUGCUUGUGAGUGUUGAAACAGAAAGUGAAGCCUUACAAUUGAUAAACGACGUAAAAACUGUUCACAGUGCUGGAGGAUUUGAAAUGCGCAAUUGGAUAAGCAACUGUAAAUCCGUUGAGGCGUAUGUUAAUGGAAGUGUUUCUACCGAAAAAUGUAUGAACUUUUCAUCAAAAAGUCACGUAGAAAAAGUUCUAGGCAUGUGGUGGGACACUGCCCUAGACGUGCUGACGUAUAAAGUGUGGUGGCAUCGUUAUGAUACAUCAUUGUUAACGGGAAAUCGAUCACCAACUAAACGAGAAAUGCUACAAGUCCUUAUGUCCAUAUUCGACCCUCUCGGGCUAGUUGCACAUUUUUUAGGAUACCUCAAGGUGGUCUUACAGGAUGUUUGGCGCUCAAGAGUUGAUUGGGAUGAACCAGUACAUAUUGAAGAAUUGAAGAAGUGGAUGAUAUGGAUAAAACUUCUACCACAAAUCGAACAAGUAAAAAUAACCCGAUGCUAUUCCCAGCAAUAUUCCAUCAAUGAUGCUGAAGAUGUUCAACUACAUACAUUCGUAGAUGCUGGAGGGAGCGGAAUGGCGGCCAUUGUCUUUCUGAGAGUCGUUCAUGGACAAAACGUUCGCUGUUCCAUCGUAACAUCAAAAACAAAGGUGGCACCAUUGAAAUUAACGUCAGUCCCGAGAAUGGAGUUGCAAGCAGCUCUUAUUGGAGCUCGACUAGCAAGCACAGUUGAAAAGGCUUUAAAGAUCAAAAUAUCUCGCAAAAUUUUCUGGAGUGAUUCAAGAGACGUAUUAUGUUGGAUUAAUUCCGAUCACCGCCGAUAUAGUCUUUUCGUUGGCUUCCGCGUAACUGAGAUCCUUGAGUUGUCGGAAAGUAAGGAAUGGCGAUAUAUACCCAGCAAGCAAAAUGUAGCCGAUGAUGCUACAAAAUGGACUCACCCGCCAAAUCUAUCUAAUGAUAGUCGAUGGUUCAAGGGACCUGAUUUUUUAUAUGAAGACGAACAUAAAUGGCCUUAUGCUGAUAAUGUAAAUAACUCAACAGAUAAUGAACUAAAAGCUAAUGUGUUAGUUCAUACGGUUUCUGCCACACCAACCAUACAUGUAGAGAAAUAUUCUAGCUGGCGGCAAAUAACAAAAGUGGUGGGAUGGAUUAAGCGAUUUGUACAUAAUAUUCGUAACAGAGUACAGGUCAAUCGAGGGCCAUUGCGAACGAGGGAAUUAGGCGAGGCGGAAAAUUAUAUUAUACAAUUAGCGCAGAGAUAAUGCUACGGCAUGGAGUAUAAUGAACUUAAACGAUUCACAACAUCCGAAAAUAGUGAUACACUAAAACUCCC